GCAGGAAGUGAGAGUAUCUGAGGGGGAAACGGCGGCCAGUCUGGGAUUUGAAUCUAUCUAACUACUUCCAUAAUCUACGAACAUCUAGAAUAAUAUGGCAGACCCGAAGGACAAGGAAGACCCUGAGACUACUGCAGAAACUGUAGAAGACUCUAAUCAUGAUCCCCAGUUUGAGCCGAUCGUGUCCCUUCCUGAGCAGGAUGUGAAAACAUUAGAAGAGGAUGAGGAGGAACUCUUUAAAAUGCGGGCUAAACUAUAUCGUUUUGCGUCUGAGAACGACCCACCAGAGUGGAAGGAGAGAGGAACCGGAGAUGUGAAGCUGCUGAAACACAAAGAGAAGGGCACGAUCCGCCUCUUGAUGAGGCGAGACCGAACCUUGAAGAUUUGUGCCAAUCAUAACAUUGUACCGACCAUGGAGCUGAAACCCAACGCUGGCAGUGACCGGGCAUGGGUGUGGAACACACUAGCAGAUUAUGCUGACGAAAGCCCUAAACCUGAACUCCUGGCAAUACGCUUUUUAAAUGCAGAAAAUGCUCAGAAGUUCAAGGGGAAGUUUGAUGAGUGCAAGGAGGAGGUCAGAAAAACUCUAGAGGGAACAGACAACACUGAUAGUGCAAACCAGGUGGCAGAGAAGCUGGAGGAACUCUCCGUGAAAGAGAAGGCGUCAGAUGAAAAGAAAGGUCAAAAAGAAGACGGAGAAGAUGAGAAACAGGAGGUGAAGUCUGAGAAGAAAGAAGAUGAGAAAAGGGAGGUGAAGUCUGAGAAGAAAGAAGAUGAGAAAAAGGAGGUGAAAGCUGAGAAGAAAGAAGAUGAUAAAAAGGAGGUGAAAGCUGAGGAGAAGAAUUGAGAACCAAGAACUUGCUUUGCUGAAAUUCAAUUUAUCAGUUUCCCUCUUUCUACAAUAGACUCUAAAUGAACAGAAUUUGGACACUUGCAUAUUAUUAGUUUUUUUAUUAUCUGUUUUGCUUCAAGAUCACAAGUCCUUGAUGCCACUAGGUGGGUGGGAGGGGGAAUACAAGAUAUCAAAUUUAUGAGAGGGGGAAGAAAAAAUUUGACUCCUAUCCCUCUUUGCACCACAUCAUGGAAUGCAAUGCUUGUCAUCAACGGUUCAAUGUUACAUUUACCAAACUGAAAAGAGGCUUGUGGUAGUGAUAAUUCCCACAUUGGGGUAUUUUUUUGUUUUGUUAUUCUGAAGCAGUUUGUUUGUAGGGGGAGAGGACCAUGUAGCCUGCUUGUUAGCAGCACAGAGUCAGGGACCAGGUAUAAUGAAGGUGCAUUAUACAUAUAAAAUCCUGUGAUGCAUCCCAGUGGGCCUUCUUAUCAUGCUUCCACUGUUAGAAACAGCGAGUACAGUGAAGACGUCUCAGUUGAUGCCUUGUAGAAGUAGUUCUUUCUUGGUUCCUUCUUUCAUUCGUUCUGUUGGGAACUGAUGAAUAGAAGAGGAAUCCACUCCAGACAGUUGAGGAGCAUCAGAUGUGUGCUGCAGAUCGCAGUGUCCAUUGAUGGCUAACUGAUAAGAGAUCAGAUGCACUUAGCUACACAUUUCCUUUUUUUAUUUUCUGAAAACCAUUAAGUUCAAAGUCAACGUUUCACCAGUUUGGUGCAGAUUUGCUCUGACUUAGGUUUCUCAUCAAGUUUGUAUUCUUUAGAUCAUAUCAUUCCCAAAUGUAAAGCAUGUAGAGUAUGUAAGUGUGCCCUAUCUGAUCUUUGUGCUCACAACCCUCCUUUUCUUUCCACUAAUUGAGUUAUACACCUUGCCUCUAAAGUGCCAGUGCAUCUGUAAAUACAUGUAUAUGGAUGAAAUGUUGCUUUUCAUUUGCACUCAAAUAAUUUGAAAUGUUUCCUCUACCUUCGAAUAAAAGCUGUCAAAGAC